UCCCCGCGGGGCCGAGCGAAAGGGGCGUCGCCGCGGCCGCCGCCAUGGCCGGUUGUCGUCAGUCCCCGGCCGCGGGCGACGGGCACGCCGGUGAAUGAAUUCUCCAGGCGGCAGAGGGAAAAAGAAGGGCUCAGCCGGCUCCAGCUCCGCGCCCCCGGCCGCGGGGUCCCCCCGCUCGGCGCCGGCGCCGUCCCCGCACAAGCGGAACCUUUACCUCUUCUCGUACCCGCUCUUCGCCGCCUUCGCGCUGCUCCGCUUCGUCGCCUUCCAGCUGGGGCUGCUGUUCGCCUGGCUCUGCGAGCGCCUGUCCCCGAUGGCGGCCCGGGGCGGCGGCAGGGCCGGGCCCGAGGCGGGCGGCGCGGCCGAGGCGGUGCGGGGCUGCCACAAGCGCGCCUUCGAGUGCAUCUCCAUGGCGCUGCGCAUCGACGAGGACGAGGCCGCAGGACAAAAGGAACAAGCUGUUGAAUGGUAUAAGAAAGGAAUUGAAGAACUGGAAAAAGGAAUAGCUGUCUUAGUAAUUGGUCAAGGUGAGCAGUGUGAACGGGCUCGACGUCUGCAAUCUAAAAUGAUGACAAAUUUGGCAAUGGCCAAGGAUCGCUUGCAGCUUUUAGAGAAGCUGCAGGCAGUUUUGCAAAUUUCCAAGCCGCAAAUGGAGGUCUGUAAUGACAGUACUAACCUGGCAUGCCGCAACGGACAUCUCCAGUCAGAAAGUGGAGCGGUUCCAAAAAAGAAGGAUCCCUUAACACACACAAGUAAUUCCCUUCCUCGUUCAAAAACUGUUGCAAAAACUGGAUCCACAGGCCUUUCAGGUCAUCAUAGAACACCAAGCUACAGCGGGAUAUCAGCUUCGGUGUCUAGACCAGCACCUAAUCCCACAGCUACAACUCAUAAGGCUGCUCCUAAAAACAGCAGAACAAAUAAGCCUUCUACUCCUACCCCUGCUCCUCGAAAAAAGAAAGACGCGAAGAUAUUUAGAAAUGUUGACAGUAAUCUUGCUAAUCUUAUCCUGAAUGAAAUUGUUGAUAGUGGGCCAGCUGUCAAAUUUGAUGAUAUUGCAGGGCAGGAACUGGCUAAACAAGCUUUGCAAGAAAUUGUUAUCCUUCCUUCUCUUAGACCUGAGUUAUUUACAGGACUCAGAGCUCCUGCACGUGGUUUAUUGUUGUUUGGCCCACCAGGAAAUGGGAAGACAAUGUUGGCCAAGGCAGUUGCUGCAGAAUCAAACGCUACUUUCUUUAAUAUAAGUGCAGCGAGCCUAACUUCAAAAUACGUGGGUGAAGGGGAGAAACUGGUGCGUGCUUUAUUUGCAGUAGCCAGAGAACUUCAGCCUUCUAUAAUUUUUAUUGAUGAAGUUGAUAGCCUUCUCUGUGAAAGACGAGAAGGUGAACACGAUGCCAGUAGGCGUCUAAAAACAGAGUUUUUAAUAGAAUUUGAUGGUGUGCAGUCUUCUGGAGAGGACAGAAUACUUGUGAUGGGAGCAACAAACAGGCCACAGGAGCUUGAUGAUGCUGUUCUCAGACGAUUCACCAAACGGGUAUAUGUGUCUUUACCAAAUGAGGAAACAAGAUUGAUUUUGUUAAAAAAUCUUCUAAGCAAGCAAGGAAGUCCAUUGACCCAAAAAGAAUUGGCACAACUAGCUAGAAUGACAGAUGGAUACUCUGGAAGUGAUUUAACCGCAUUAGCAAAGGAUGCUGCACUGGGGCCUAUUCGAGAAUUAAAACCGGAACAGGUGAAGAACAUGUCUGCCAGUGAGAUGAGAAAUAUCAAACUAUCAGAUUUCACUGAGUCUUUGAAGAAGAUAAAGCGCAGUUUGAGCCCACAGACCCUGGAAGCAUAUAUUCGCUGGAACAAGGACUUUGGAGAUACCACAGUGUGAAACACUACUUGAAAUGAAACAAAGUGCUGCCUAAGGAGUAAUUGGUACAAACUACUGGAAAGCAGCCAGAGUUUACAGGACUUUACAGAUCUUUAAGUAUCUGCAUUGAAACUUGAGUUUAAGAAAAAGUUGUACAAUGUGAAAUGUGUUCAUCGAAGCCUCCUUGCCAUUUAGUGAGGGUUUACAGUCUAUAAGUAAGAGCACAAUAGGACUUGAGACAGGAUUCCUAGUAAUCCCAUUAUGGUUUGAACGAUAAUAUACGUAUUUUAUUUCAGCUAGAGGGUUCUGAUGAAGUUGAUCAUUGGAAAACCUUUUUCCUAUGUUGUGUGUAUGUGUGUUUUUUUGUUUUUAGUUUUGCCAUGACAUUGAUGUCUGGCUUUCUCCCUUAUAACUACUAACUUAAAAUUGGUGGUUUGUAAACUUUGGUUCAGGUUUUUGUUUUGGGUUUUUUUUUUUUUUAUCCUUAAUGUGCCAAAUAAAACAAUUUCCCUAUGCAGAGAGGAAGAACAGCAUUGGGGCAUUAUGGUUAUUAAAAUGUAAAAAGCAGCUGGUCUGUUAUUAUUUGUCUUUUUGUUUAGUUGUAAUGUGACUGUAUUGUUCACAAAACAGUUUUGAAGACCUUUGAUAGCAGAACAGCAAAAAACCCCAACCCUAUAAAACCAAUUCCAACUGUCUUUUAAAAAAAUAAAUUACUAAAUAAAAAAAAUAAACUAA